AUGGACCCUCACAAUGGAACAGGCACUGUGGAAUUCAUCCUCCUGGGGUUCUCAGAUGACCCACAAGUCCAGCCUCUCCUCUUCUGCCUCUUCCUGUCCAUGUACCUGGUCACCAUCAUGGGGAACCUGCUCAUCAUCCUGGCCGUCAGCUCUGACCCCUACCUGCACACCCCCAUGUACUUCUUCCUCUCCAUCCUGUCACUAACUGACAUUGGCUUCACCUCCACCACGGUGCCAAAGAUGAUUUGGGACAUUCAGACUGAGAGCAGAAUACUCUCCUAUGCAGGUUGCCUAAUGCAAUUGUCUCUUUUUUAUCUUUUUGCAAAUUUGGACAGUUUACUUCUCACAGUGAUGGCAUAUGAUCGCUUUGUGGCCAUCUGUCACCCCCUGCACUAUCCCAUCAUCAUGAACCCCAAAUUAUGUUGCCUGUUGGCUCUUGUUUCUUUUUUUGUCAGUCUUUUCAAUUCCCAGCUACAUUGCUUCAUGAUAUCACUGCUAACCUUUUGUACCCACGUGGAAAUCCCUCAUUUUAUUUGUGACCCCCCUCAACUCCUAAGGCUUGCCUGUGGGAACACCUCCACUGAAAGCCUAUUAAUGUAUUUUAUCGGUGCGAUCUUUGGGGGAGUGCCAGCCUCGGGGAUCCUGUACUCUUAUUCCCGAAUUGUGUCCUCUGUUUUGAGAGUCUCCUCCACAGCAGGGCGGUCCAAAGCCUUCUCCACCUGUGGCUCUCACCUGUCCGUUGUUUGCUUAUUUUAUGGCACAGGCAUUGGGGUGUACCUCAGCUCAGCUGUCUCUCAUUCUCCAAAUAAGCGCACAAUGGCCUCAGUUGUGUACUCAAUUGUUGUUCCCAUGCUAAACCCCUUCCUCUACAGUCUGAGGAACAAGGACAUCAAAAGGGCCUUCCAGAAGCUUCUCAGUAGAAGAGUCUAG